AUGGUCAUCAUCAGCACGUCUAUCACUGCCUACCUUUCUGCCUCAGUUCUCAUCCUCGCCGCAACUAUCUAUCAUGCUCGUAAACAUCAAGACUCUGGCAUAGAUAUAUUUCUUGUAUUGCUCCUUCUGCAUACGCUUUACAUCCUCUACUUCCUGUUUCUAUGCCGGCCGCCAAAUAUCUUCUGGUCUCUCCAUGUACCCCUCAACGCGGCCCCGGAAUACGUGCGCACGGCGAUUCGGAGACACGUCAGACUCGACUCAGACACUCCACUACCGAGAGUCUUAGAGACGCUAUUGUCUCGAAUCUCGUCUCUCGAAAUGCGCAUGCUCUAUGUCAGGUUUGGCCAAGACGUGCUGCAAGACUGUGAGCACUGCAGGACUUUUGACGAGUUUGCACUCUUUGCACUCCCUGGGGCGCUUCUGGAGUAUAUCCGAGAGGCCGCCGUCCUUGGGCUCCUGACCGUCCAUCAGAGUGGUCGUACGCGCUGGCGAACAUACGUUCUGGGUGCGCUUGUCUGCGCCGCAAUUCUGGAGGGCUAUCAGAUCAUAACCGCCACAGUCAAGAUCCCAGAGAAUGGCAUGGGUGUCUUUAUGUGGCACGACUACUUUUGGGCGAUCCGCCAGUCGUUAUUCCUCGUCCUCCCCAUCAUAACAUACUUGCUCCCGCCUUCUGCCCUCCCAGAAGACCCAUCAAGCACGAUCGCUGCCACGCAGGCGGUCCUGCAGGACACGAUGAUGCGCGUCAUCUCCCUGCGCGUCUCACGCAGCGCCGUCAUGCGCGACCCUGCGCUGCGUGCGGCGGCGGGCGAGUGGUGGGACCGCGGGCGCACAGAGGGCGAGUGGGCGCGCGGGGACGAGAACGUGCGCAGGCUCGCAGGGAAGCUGAAUAAGAGCUUUGUCAGGGACGAGCAAGGCAGGAUGGGCAAGCUGCAGGUCAAAGCACGGGAGUUUGCAGAGCAGGUGUGGAUGGCCUUGACUGCGCCAGUGGGAUGA